AUGGCGACCGCGGAGGAGGGCGGCGAUGGAUUCGAGUUCCUAGCAGAUCCGGUGGACAGGUUCCCCUUGGCGGAUCUUGGACGCGGCGUCUUCGCUCCCGAUGGUGAGCCAGAGGCUAAUCUCACACAGUCAGCGGCUGAAUCCAGCAUGGGAGAUGUGGGCGAUGUGCCGCUAAUCCUGCAAUUGGCCAUCAACAACGGCUGUGAAGCAUUAAGCUUCUCUGCGACGGAUUCGCAACAGUCAGCUGGAAAGGAUGACCCUCAAGCCCCCGGCUGGACUAAAAGGUUCUUGAUUUCUUGGGUAUAG